CAUUUUUAUUAGGAGCAAAAAUUUUUUUUGUUAAAAACAGUGCGUCAUAAUUAAUAAAUAAUAAUUAUAAAAUUAAUAACAAAUAAAUAAGUAUUCAUAGAAAUAAAAUUAUUUAAAAUUAAUACAUACAGGUAUAUAUUUGAUUCUGUUGUUGGUGAAUUAGUUAAGUUGAUGUUGAGUUUAGUUGAUGUUGAGUAAGCAUCAUGAAAAAACGAGUGGUGAUUUGUAAACCUCAUGAUUAAAACCGUUGUUGGUUAUAAAAAAAAAAAAAUAGUUGUGUAACUGUUAAAUAUGAUGGUUAUUACUGGUUCACAAACACCUUCAGGAGGACUACCAAGUCCAAUUGAUGAUUCACCAGAUGAAGAGUCCAUCAGAUUUUCAAGUUAUUUACAUAGAAAGUCAAGGUCAAUUGAUCCUGAAGUUGAUGCAAUACUUUUUGAUCAUUGUUAUUCUAAAUUAUGGAAUUCACGAGGAGAUAAUAAAUUUAUAAAGCCAACAAAAAAAUUAUUUUUUUCUAAAAAUCCAGAAACAACUGGAGUAAUAUAUACUGAUGAAAUUGACGUUGAAAAUGUGCCAAAAUCAAUGGAGCCAGAUGUACCAUGUGAUUUUAAUCGUUCACGUCAAAGUAUGGAAGAAUUUGAACGUUUAGCAAAUUUUGCAAAACCCGAAGAAAACAAUGAUUGGGAAGAACAUAUAAAUAAAACAUUUUGGACACCAAUACAAACACGUUUAUUUAAUCGUAUUUAUCGUGUUUUAACAGCAGAAAGAUUAUCUAGACUUGCUAAAAAUUCAUCACCACUUGAGCCAAUAUAUCGACGAUCAUCAAUUGAUACUGCAUCAAAACAAUUUCGUGAAGUAUUAGCAUCAUCUGGUUGGGAUUGGAAUUUAAUACACUGGUUACAUGCACUACUAUUUGAAAAUUUGCCCAAAGAAUUUUUGUCUAUUUAUUUAGAUAUAUUACAAACAUUAAAAGCUAAAAUACCACAUUUAAUUGACAGAAUGAUUGCAAAUCAACCAAAUAUAAGUAGUAAAACUGGUAGUAUAACUUGGGAAACACUUAGUUCAAUAUUAAAAAGAACAUGGGAUCCAUUAACAAAUUUUUUAAAUUCAAAUCGUCCAAAUAAAUUACCUGGUAAUCCAAUACUUGUUAUUGUACCAUCUGGUUUUGGUAAUACAGUAUCAUCAAUACAACAAAAAUGGAUAUCAUCAUUUGGAUCAUUAGGAACAGUUAUUAAUUUCAAUUCAAAUUCAGGUGUACUAAAAAAUCGUGUUACAAUGUUAUCUGGUAUGGAUCAAUUGAUACAAAAUAUACGUACUAAAAUACAAGAAGCACGUAAUGAUUAUCCUGGUAGACCAAUGAUAUUAAUUGGUUUUCAUACUGGUGCUGCAUUAGCAUGUCAAAUUGCACAAAUUGAACAUGUUACUGCUGUUGUUUGUCUUGGUUUUCCAUUUAAUACUGUUGAAGGUAAACGUGGUACACCAGAUGACAUGUUAAUGGAUACAAGAUGUCCAGUUAUGUUUGUCAUUGGUCAAAAUGCAACGUCUGUACGUGUUAAUGAUGUUGAAGAAUUACGUGAAAAAAUGCCAAAUGAAACAAGUUUAAUUGUCAUUGGUACUGGUGAUGAUCAUUUAAGAAUAUCAAGAAAUAAAAAAACACUUGAAGGUAUUACACAAAGUAUUGUUGAUCGUUGUAUUAUUGAUGAAAUAAGUGAUUUUAUUGGUGGUAUAUUAUUAGCACCAGAUCCAUUAAGACCAAUUGGUUAUAGUGGUAAUAAUAAAGAUACUAAAAAACGUAAAAUAUCAACAAGUAGCUCAAUUGAUGGUGAUAUUAAUAUAUCAACUGUUAAUAAAAAAUCAAGACCAACAACACCCAUUGAAAAAGGACAAAUUUUAUCUAAAAAAAUUAAUUUAUCAAGUCAAAUUAAUAUUGGAGUACAAAAAUAUAAUUCUAAUGGAACUAAAAGAAAACCAAGAAUGACUGCAAGUCAAAAAGCUGAUCAAUUGCUUAAACUGGAACAACAAAAACAACAGCAACAAGUCCAGCAGUAUCAGCAGCAGCAGCAAUCACAACAAGUCCAGCAGCAACAGCAACAAUUACAGCAACAAGUCCAGCAGCAUCAGCAACAGCAACAAUCACAGCAGCAACAACAACAACAGCCACAACAACAACUACAACAGCAAUCACAACAACAACAACAACAACAACCACAAUCACAAGCAAAUAUUCAACAGCCAACCGGAAAUUUAAAUAAUAAUAAUAAUAAUAGUAAUAGUAAUAAUGGUGGAUUAACAGUACAAAUUGGUUCAAUGGCAAGUCUUGGUACAAAUGGACCAAUAAAAUUAAAUCCUGGUAUAACUGGACAAACUGGAGGAACAAUUGGUAGAGGUAUAACUGUUCAAAGAACAAAUAACGUUGGACGACCACCAAAAUAUCAUCAAAAUUUUGGUAUUGGAAAAAAAAAUUUAACAAUUUCUGGAGUAACCAAAGGAACUGAAAGAGGUACAGGUAUCAUUAAUGAUUCAAAGCCAUUAAAUAGCGUAGCCAGUGUAACAACUCAAAUUAAAACAUCGGUUCCAUCUGUAAAUAAUCAAAUUAGAGCACCAAUGAUAACAGCACCUCCAGGUAUUCAAAUAAGACCGGUUAUUGGAAAUACUGUUGGAUCAUUGAUACCACAAUUUAAAAGAGGACAAAUGCAUCAAAAUCAUAAUUAUGUACCUAGUCUUCCUAGCUCUACAUCAGUUACUCCAGUAACUGUCAAUAUAACACCAACAAAUUCAUCAAUAACAGUUACUUCAGCAUCAAUUACAAAAGAAAUGGAUGUGACUAGUCAAGUGAGCAGUGACUCUUCUAGAAAUCAUGAAGAUAAUAUGUCAAUGUUGAAUGGUACACCAAUAACAAUAUUACCAUUUACAACAAAAUUAAAUAAUUUACAAAGUCAAAAAAUAAUAAUGAAUAAUAAAUCAACAUGGCCAAGUCCAGAAGAACUUGAUGAUUUAAGUAGCAUACCAGAUAUACCAAUAAUCAUUGCCAAGGAUAAUGAGACAAUAAAUUCAAUUGAAAAUUUAUCAACAUUACCAAUAACAAUGAAAAAUAAUUAUGAUAAUCAUGAAAUACCAUUUGGACAAGGUGGAACAACAAAAGUCGUACUAUUAAGUAGCAUAGAAGAUAAGAUAAAACAUCAUAAUAUAACAGAUACAUUUAAAAAUUCAACAUCUACAAUAAGUGGUUUAAAAUGGAAUAAUAAAAUUAAUAAACCACAAAUUAAAUAUACUAAAAUUAUAUUAGCUAAAAAAAAUUAUAAUAAUGAAGGUGUUAAUGAUCAUGCUGUUUUGACAAAUAAUAUUAAAAAAUUAAAAAACAAAAUUAAAAAUUCAAAUAUCAUUGAACAACAAACAAUGAAUUUAAUGUCAAAACAAAAUGCAAAUGUUUAUGAAACAAAUUUGCAAUUUAAAAGUCAAAAUGAAUGAUAAAUAUUUAUUUGUUUAAAAAAAUAAAUAGCAAUCAGUUUAAUCAGUCAAAUAAAUUAAGCAAUAUAAAGUUUUUAUGUUAAAAAAUUAAAAUAAAUAUAUAUUAUAUUUGUGUUUGAAAUAUUUUUUUUUUUAUUUAAUUAAGACUGAAAGUUUUGAUUGCAAUCUUGAGUUUAUAUUUAAUAUUAUAUUAAUAUUAAAACAGUAUUAUUAAUUGGCCAUUUAAAUAAAAAUCAUUAUGCAAAAAUUAGAAGCUAUUUUUUUAAUAGAUAAGAAAAUAAAUCUUACUUGUUAUAUAAAUUAUUUUGGUGUUAAAUUAAAAUAAUAGUUUCUCGCCAUCUUCAGAGGUAAACAUUCGAUGAAGUUUUUUGCUAAGUUCUGGACCAAUUUUUCUGUGUGUUGCUAAAGGAUCAUCUGCUCUUUUAAUCUUAAAAAACGAAGAAAUAAAAAAAUAUUAUAUAAUUAA